AUGCUCUCAAAAUUUUCACAAAACCUUUACGAAGAAUUCAGCUUAUUUGAGUUCCAACAAGAAUCAGAUCUUGCCGCCACUCUACAGGCAUAUGCAUACCUUCAACAGCGUCGGGCUGAUCGCUGUAUCCGAUUGUUCUUGCAAGCUCGAUGCGCCUUGGUAUCCGCUAUGAAAUCGGUUAGUUCUCAGCACCUUAUGGUUAGCGCAAAUCUUAUGGAUAAUGCAUGUACGGAUCACGCUUUACCUCAUCCUAAUGCUUUUUCAUCUUCGGGCAACCUAAUUUCCGAAGGACAAUCAUCUUACCUACCCUUCCAUGGCAGCUUACUCAUGAUCGAAAAAUCCCCAAAUGACCCAUCUCGUUUCUCCUCUGAGCAGGACUCUUCUCUGUCCACCUCAUCAUUAUUUUCAACAUCCAUGUUAUUAGAAGACAAAAACCGCUCUUCAGUAGAUAUUAUCACCGAUCCUUUAUUGUCUAUGCAAUCUUCUGACUGA